AAAAGUUACAGUUGGUGGUAAAUUAUUUAUCAAAGGAUUUAGCUCAUCUACCCAAGAGCAAAUUGAUAUCGUAAAACUUUAUUUAUCCUGUGUUUAUAAUUUAGCUAAACAUUAUAACACAUUUUCUCCACUUAAUCACUUAUCCGUUUUUCACCUUCUAAGAAUAGAAACAUUGGAUGGAAAAAAACUAGAUACACCUUCUCAUUCCUAUUUCUCAAAACAUGAAGAAUUUUCAAAUGUUAACUUUGAAUCUUGUCCAAUAGAAAAGCAACCUGGAGUUGCUGAUUUUAAAGAGAAGUUAAGUUUUGAUGUGUGGACUAGAAAUGUUAUGGAUGUUAAUUUAGUAAUAUGGAUUAAAGACCUUCCGCAUUGUAAAGUUAUUAAUAAAUCAUAUAAAUUGGAAAAGAGCAAAAAAUUAGCGAUUAGUAUCGUCAAAAUACCCAAUAUAAAAUCUAGCAAUAAAUCUUAUUUGGAAAUUAUCAGGACAACAAAAAAUGUGGAAAAAGAAUUGAUUAUCAAUAAUAUCUUUUCUAUUAAAGAUUUAAACCCUUUUCCCUUUGUUGAUAGGAAUAUCGUGUCGGAUGAUUCAAGUUAUAAUGAAUAUAGUUUUCUAAUCAAACUUGAGAAAUAUGAAAUUAUUAUGGAUAGGGAUAAUUUUAAACCUUCGAUAGAAUUUGAGCAAGUUAUAAAUGACGCACUUGAAAGUAAGAAACCAUAUAAAGCUUUACAAGGGGUAUUUGAAGAAUAUGGUCAUUUUUUUGCUCAAAAAAUUACUUUAGGAAGGAUUUUUAAAAAGAAUAUACCAAAUGCUGCUACUGUUAAGAUUGAUUUGAAAUCGCCGAUA